UUAUCCACUACGUUAAUGUUAUAUUGUCAGCGGCCAAAUGUGUUUGCUUCCUUUUUAAUUAGGUUAAAAGAUUUCAGUGGGGGUGCCUCGAAACCAGGGGUUCCCAACCAUAUUUUUCCACUGUGGACCGUGGUGUAUACAGUACUUCCAAUAUUUUUCAGACCGGAACUGGCAGAUAUCCGCAAAUCAGGAAUCAAAUCCUUCCGGGACAUAUUGGUGGAUGAGAGCAACAUUUUAACAUGGCAAGGACUUAUUGUGCCGGAAAAUCCUCCCUACAAUAAAGGAGCUUUUAGGAUUGAGGUGAACUUCCCAGCAGAGUACCCUUUCAAGCCUCCCAAAAUAAAUUUUAAGACAAAGAUAUACCAUCCUAAUGUGGAUGAGAAGGGCCAGGUGUGCCUCCCCAUCAUUAGUGCUGAGAAUUGGAAACCUGCAACAAAAACAGACCAGGUGAUUGAGGCUCUUAUCAACCUUGUAAAUGAGCCUGAACCUGAACACCCCCUUCGUGCUGAUUUGGCUGAAGACUACACGAAAGACCGAAAGAAAUUUAUGAAGAAUGCAGAAGAAUUCACCAAGAAGAAUUCAGAAAAGAGGCCAGCAGACUAACUACCCUAUGUAUGUGUAGUCUGUGAUUUCAAAGGCACUUUUCAGGCAGACUUUUUAUUAAAGGAUUUUAGUUUUUAUUGUUCUGUAAUUUGGUUUAAGAUUUUAUUUACCCUUAUAAGUAAAAUAUUGGUGUAUUAUACUGAAUUGUGCUCUUUAAUUAUGCUGUUAGGGAGAUUUGAUUAAGCUCAUAAGUUUUAAAAAUUCAUCACCAAAAAAGAUGAUGGUAUGAUUAUAUUUUUUUUCUUCCAAAAUAGAGUAUACAGUAAUUUGCAUUCAUGUAGAUUGUUAAUGUUGGUGAUUUUAGCGCCUUUAUCAUAAUUUUUCUAAGUACAGGUAUUGUAUUUUCCAAAAUCUCUAUCUAGUCUUCUGUUUCCUUCUGUUCACACAUCUUGUAUUUAUCAGUAUAUAUUAUUUUGUAGAUAAAGUUAAGGUAGAAUUUUAUAUCAAAAUGAUUUUUCAACAUACCCCUGGCCAUUUAUCAUGUGUGUAGUUCUACUUCUCAGUGUAGUAAUUAUGUUUACAGUAUGUCAUUGAUACAUGCAGUUACAGGAAGUCUUGGGUUCUUUGUAAUUCUUUUAUGAAAAAGUUAUGUAGAUGAAUACCAGACUUUUUCCUAUACAGUGUAUACUUAAUAUGAAAUUUAUUACUCCUGGACCUUAACUAUUUUCAAUAAAAUGAGAUGCAUCUAUUCAAUAGUCUGCCUGUUAAGUGCCCAUACACCCUUAUAAAUAUGGUAGGCUACUAAGUCUUGCUGCCUCUUCAGUGAUAUUUUUUUAAAUCAUUCUUAUGUAGACUCGAAUUAGGUUUACACAUAGCAACAAAGGACUCAGAUGUAGAAUUAAAAGAACAAUUAAUCUGGCUGAAUGUAUAAAUGCUACACCAUAUCUUCACACCAUCUCUAUGCAAGGUUUAGUUUUCCUUGUGAGAUUGAGCCUUUCCUUGAUAGCCCAAUAGGACCCCAGUUUGUACUAUAGCUUCUACCACACCUGGAUGUGGUUGGUCUCAUCGGUCCAUUUAUGAGAUGUUUGGAUUAUGGCCAUGCCUGCGCUGCUGGGUUUUUUAAGAUGUGGGGUUGAUAUUCCUGCUGAAUCUUAGUUAUGGGACCUGUAAUACUUUUUGACACUAACUGCCAGUUAGGAGGAUGUUAAGUAUUAACUUGCUUGAAGAGCUGUUUAAGAAUUUAGGUUUAACUAAGUUGUGAAAAACAGCAAAAGUAGCUCAGUCAUGACUUGAGACUAGGUGAGUGUUAACUCUUUGUGAGGUUAUUAUUAAUUCAACACCGAAAUAUAUAGUUUGAAUUUUUAUUUUAUGAAGGGUUUACAUGAGUGUUAUGGUUCUUAAGUCACCAGUGGCAACAUAUGAUGAUGGUGAUAAAACCCUUUUAGAAACACUUGCAUUAUUCCAGUAUGUGUUAGUGGUGGUAGCCCUCCCCUACAUCCCAGUCAGUUGGGCCUAGUACUGGCCACUUAAUUUCAUCUUUGUACCAUCAUAAAUGCAGCUCAUGUUGAUGUGCUGAGGGGAUGCUUCUUGUAAUACUGAAAAUCAUUUUCUACAGGACUACUCUUUUAAUUAUUACUGUGAUGUGUUGAGAGUUUCUGAAAGACUGCUAGAUCUCAUGCAAUUUUCAUUUCUGGUAGAUACUCUCAGUCUUGAAGUAUUAAAUUAUUUUAUUUAUUUUACUUUUUUAUAUAAAGAAAAUUACCCUAUAUUUCUUCACCCAGCUCCCAUUACAAUAACAUGAUAUACUACAGUAUAUAAUAUCCAAUUUGAAUUUUUCUCCGUCUUUCUUAAUCUAAGGCAGAAUUACUGGUUUUCGUGUGAUCUGCCAGCAGUUGUUGGGGAGGGAGCCAUAUUGGCUGUGCUUGUGGUCUGUUUAUGUGAAAGCACUUUUUAAUAAAAGUUUGAGAGGUGGUAUGUAAGUAAACUGUUUUAAGAGUUAAAAGCAGUUGUUGAGCCUUUUGUUACUGGUCUUUGAAUUUUACAACUUAUAAGACUAAUUAUGUGGCAUGGUAAUUUUGUGAUUAUUGCCUCAAUGUCAUGUGUAAUGGCAAAGUGAUUUCUUGACCUUAGUAAAAUUAUCCAAUGCUCAUGAAAUGUGUAUUCCUUUGCAGUGUUGUGUUGAGGUAAGAGAUGCUUAGCCUUGUGCAUCUGUUAAUGGAAGCAGAUUAUUUUAUCUAACAUAAUCAUGGGACUCAAUUUUCCAUUUAGAUCAAAUAUUUACCAGUUUCAUUAAAAGCACUUGCUAUCCUUUAGAGGUGGACAUAUUUCUCAGUCGUAAUUUUCUUGAUCUUUUUUUUUUAGGCAGUUUCAUUUGAGUAGUUCAUAUCCACUUUUAUUCAGUACUGUGUGCUUUUCUUCUUUAUCAUGCAAAUUUUAAAUUCGUUUACUUUGAUGUAAAAUAGGAUAACUGUACUCUUCAUUAUGCAAAGAAUUAAUAUUCAGUAUACAUAUUCCUUUAUAGUUUGUUCACUCUUUCUUUUUUUUUUUUUUACACCCCAUGAAGACAUUUUAAUGCAAUACUCAUUGGGUAUAUUCAGUUGUCUCAAAUGUUAGAUUGUGAUCAUGGCCAGUUUUCCUUUGCUAAUAUAAGGAAAAUGGUGUAUAUCAUGUACAUUAUGUAGCUGAGGAGAAUGCUUGUUGAUACUUAAGAAACUUGAUAGUAAUUUGUGCAUCAUGUGAUUAACCAAAUUUUAAAAUUCAACACAGCAGUACCAUUGAAUUAAUACUAAUGUGUGUCCAAUGUAGAAAUCCUAUCCACUGUUUUUCAGCUUACCAAUUUUGUCGGAUUUUGUUGUAUUGCUCUAGCUAAAUUACAGGUACAUCAAAUUU